AUCAAACAUAUGUUCGUGACGCCCAGACCCUUUGCAUUUCGACCCUUGCGCCAGCAACCGAUAGAGUUCGCCCAAAGAGCCAUCCUUUAUUAACUAGCUACCCCAUAGUUACUCCGUACUCCGUACUUCUACUACGCGGUCCUUGCCCACUGAUCCACGAGUUCGAUUCAAACUUCGGUCCUUCCGCGCACACACACCCGCGGAUUCGCGACACUUUUACGACAACGGGCCGUCAUCCCUCGUGCUGGUGAACUCUGUCGUUCCCCGUCCCCGGUCUUUUCCAUCAACAUAUUUUGCCAACAACCCCCCGUUUAUUCGAUGGCCACUUGCUGACCCAACGGGGUUUUAUUCUCCCAUCUUGCAUUUCGUCGCCCCGCCCCAUCCAUACAUACAUAUAGUUCCCGCUAACUAACGCAGCCCGCAAUAAGCCCAUCGGAAAGGGCACGUAAUUAAAGCCUGCAGCUAGCCGUCGGGUGGUCUAGCCCGCCUCGACUUCUCUCCUUGGGAUUUGGAGCGCGUUAACCUCGCUUUUUGGAGCAAGGAAUCACGUCUAUCAAACUCAGAUCCCUCUACGCCAUCGCAAAAGUGGGCAACUCGCGAGGUGUUAUUCCUGGUACUUCCGACAGAUAGUCCCUGCUCCAUCGCCUGCAGCUCUCUUGCUCUAGGCCGGCAUCUCAAUCAUGUCUAUAAACUGGGUUAUGCUCCAUGAAACAGAUGGUUUCGUCCGUUUGCCAAACGAGCGACUGAUAUACACAUCUCCACUUCGCACAACUAUCAGCUUGCAAGCCCUCAAUCCGCGCCCGGGAGACGAGUCGUUAUCCCUUCAAAGCAGCAACGGCCGCGUCCACCUCACGAACCAACGGAUUGUCUACCUCCCCGUCCAGCCAACUCCACAGUUUCAGUCAUUUUCGGCCCCGCUCCUGAAUCUCCAUGACACUUUUGUUUCAGCUCCUUUCUUUGGACCAAAUGUGUGGUCCGCGAUCGUUCAACCAGUUGUCGGAGGCGGUAUUCCACCGUCAAAUACAGCCGUUCAGGUAAAGAUGACCUUUAAGGAGGGUGGUGCCUUCGAUUUCCAUUCCGCCUUUGAGCGGAUCAAGGAACGUUUGCAGCAAGUGGUCGAGCAAGCUCGGGAAAACGGAAUGAUCUCUGAAAGAAGUUCGCAGCGUGACGGUGCCUACAGCGGAGUCAACUUUACUAAUGUCCACCUCGACGAACUCCCGGCCUACGAGGGCCCAAGUCCAACAUCAUCUUCCUUCCCCCCGCCAUUCUCCGGAUGCUCGAAUCCGGGCAAUGACCUGCACUCCAGCCAGAAUACACGGCACACCCCGCAUGAGGAGAGAUUCGAUCCGCCUACCGAGCCGCCUCCAGGCUAUGAAGAAGCCCAACAGCAGGGUGUGGCCAAUGACCUUGAGGCGCGACUUCGUCGGGCCCAAUAACCCAUAAUUUUCCUCUUACACUCCCGAUGCCAGGACAGUCUUUUUUCGUUGGGGUUUUAUCAGGUCCAACUGGACAGGUGGUGUUGUGUCUGGUGUAUUGCGUGCAUAGCGAGAGACAAACAUGUAGACAUUUGAUAUUUUAUUUCCCUAAUGACCCUACCGGCCAUGUAUAGAGUAUGUGCGUGUGCAUGAACAUAACCCUCAAGCGUUUGAUACCUGCG